GGGUCUACGCGGCCUCCGGGAUCCGCUAGGACGCGGCCACGUUGUCCUGCGCGCUUGGUACGCCUGGCCCCGCGAGCCCGGUCGGCUGCGCCCACUUUCGGGUCCCCUUGCCUAGCCGUGGGGCCCAGUGGGGCCGCAGUAUCCCGGCGUUCCUUCGACCGGGCGCAGAGAGAGGCCCGGCCCCUCGGAGGCUCCAGCGCGCGGGCGCGACCGGGAUCUGGGCCCGGAAAACGCCGCCCCGCUAGCCUCCCCGCGCCGCCAGGAGCAGCGACCUAGAGGGAGCACAGCUAAGUGGGGCUCCGCGCAGAGCUCGGCGAAGGGGCCGAUGCUCGUGCGCCCCCGCGGGCCCGCGCCAUGGCCUCCGGGAGCGUGGCCGAAUGCCUGCAGCAGGAGACCACUUGCCCCGUGUGCCUGCAGUACUUCGCCGAGCCCAUGAUGCUCGACUGCGGCCACAACAUCUGUUGCGCGUGCCUCGCGCGCUGCUGGGGCGCGGCCGAGACUAACGUGUCGUGCCCGCAGUGUCGGGAGACUUUCCCGCAGCGGCACAUGCGGCCCAACCGGCACCUGGCUAACGUGACCCAGCUGGUGAAGCAGCUGCGCACCGAGCGGCCGUCGGGCCCCGGCGGCGAGAUGGGCGUGUGCGAGAAACACCGCGAGCCCCUGAAGCUGUACUGUGAGGAGGACCAGAUGCCCAUCUGCGUGGUGUGCGACCGCUCCCGCGAGCACCGCGGCCACAGCGUGCUGCCGCUGGAGGAAGCGGUGGAGGGCUUCAAGGAGCAGAUCCAGAACCAGCUGGACCACCUAAAAAGAGUGAAAGACUUAAAGAAGAGACGGCGGGCACAGGGGGAGCAGGCACGAGCUGAACUCUUGAGCUUGACCCAGAUGGAGAGGGAGAAGAUUGUCUGGGAGUUUGAGCAGCUGUAUCACUCAUUGAAGGAACAUGAGUAUCGCCUCCUGGCCCGCCUUGAGGAGCUGGACUUGGCCAUCUACAACAGCAUCAAUGGCGCCAUCACCCAGUUCUCCUGCAACAUCUCCCACCUCAGUGGUCUGAUUGCCCAGCUGGAAGAAAAGCAGCAGCAGCCCACCAGGGAGCUCCUGCAGGACAUUGGGGACACAUUGAGCAGGGCUGAAAGAAUCAGGAUCCCUGAGCCCUGGAUCACACCACCAGAUCUGCAAGAGAAAAUCCACAUUUUUGCCCAAAAAUGUCUGUUCUUGACCGAGAGUCUGAAGCAGUUCACAGAAAAAAUGCAGUCAGAUAUGGAAAAAAUCCAAGAAUUGAGAGAAGCUCAGUUAUACUCAGUGGAUGUGACUCUGGACCCAGACACAGCAUACCCUAGCCUGAUUCUCUCCGAUAAUCUGCGGCAAGUGCGAUACAGUUACCUCCAGCAGGACCUGCCUGACAAUCCCGAACGAUUCAAUCUCUUCCCCUGUGUCUUGGGCUCUCCGUGCUUCAUCGCUGGGAGACAUUAUUGGGAGGUAGAGGUGGGAGAUAAGGCCAAGUGGACCAUAGGUGUCUGUGAAGACUCUGUAUGCAGAAAAGGUGGAGUAACCUCGGCCCCCCAGAAUGGAUUCUGGGCAGUGUCAUUGUGGUAUGGGAAAGAAUACUGGGCUCUUACCUCCCCAAUGACUGCCCUCCCCUUACGGACCCCUCUCCAGCGGGUGGGGAUUUUUUUGGACUAUGAUGCUGGCGAGGUCUCUUUCUACAACGUGACAGAGAGAUGUCACACCUUUACUUUCUCUCAUGCUACCUUCUGUGGGCCUGUCCGGCCCUACUUCAGUCUGAGUUACUCUGGAGGGAAGAGCGCAGCCCCUCUGAUCAUCUGCCCCAUGAGUGGGAUCGAUGGGUUUUCUGGCCACGUUGGGAAUCAUGGUCAUUCCAUGGAGACCUCCCCUUGAGAGCAGAUGAACUUGGGCCAAAAUGACUGUUGGCCAUACUGCUACCCGAGGCACAUGGCAUCUCAUUGCCUUGCCAUUUCCUGUCUAUCACAGCUGGAUGUCCUUACCACUUUCCAUGCCCUUGCAGUGGAAGAUGGGAUGUCCAUGUUCUCGACCGUCCUUUCCCUUUCCAGGCAAAUUGUAAUGAGAAGUAUCAAGAUUGCCCAGAAAUAAAAAUCAGAUGUCCACCUCCAGUGUUUCACCCAUUUUGGUUUACACAUUACUGGAGGGAAUAAAGAAUAUGGAUAAUGUUUGGAUUUGGAAGGCCAUUCCAGAUAGUUACUUCUUGGCUCAGCCUGGCUCCCUCUGGUUCUGCCCUACAUAGUGAUCAUGGGUAUUUGCUGUCAUUUUUGGACUAGGGCUCCUUUCCAAGAACCUAAAGGGAAACUAUGAGGCCCUGUCAGCAUGACUUCUUAUAUCCCAGUUUUUCCUUCUGGAAAUAGUACCUCUAUCCCUGAUUGCCCAUUUGCCAUAAUUUUAUUAACUCCAUGAAAGAGGCGUGUACGUAUUUUGGUUAGUUACAGUUACUUUACGAUAAUGUUGGGAAAAGGCCCCCCUCAGUUAUAGAGUUAAUGUUCUAAUUAACAUAUUGUUUGCCUCUCUGUCUUUUCUGAGGGCUUUGUCUGCUCCCUUCAUUCUAACGAAAAAUGCAUUCUGGUGCUGAGCGCCCGGCAUCGUCCAUUGUUCCUAGAUCCCCUCCCUGUCACAUCUGUGGACUGGCGGCCAGUCAUACACCCUCCUUGGAAGGAUUCUGUACUAUUCCAGGGAUUCAUCAACUUUCUGCCUCCUUUUCUCCAUCUCCUUUAGGAGAUGGGGAAUUGGUCUUUCUAAUGUGUGUACUAUCAAGGGGCAGUACCAUCCUUGUGGCCAUUGGGUCACAAAGUGUUCUGGGGUCAGAAAGCUAAGGCAGAUCACUUUGAGCAAGCCCCAUGAUGUUCCUUAGCUCUACUUCUCUUUGGGUACGUGCCCCUCUGUUUGAAAAUAAAGUGAGUAUGGAUGUU